AUGAGUGGAUGCGGUAGGAAACAUCGCGCGAAGCACCUCACGCGUCAGUUUCUUGAUGCAGAUGGAUGGAGCGGCCCUGCGCCCGGUGAGUCGAUGGCGGUGUGCGUCGAGUCACCGCAGAGCCAGCAUGUGCGUGUCCUCCUUUUCAAUUCCGACGGUGCUGCCAGCAAUAAUGGAGACGUGGACGACAAUGGCGCUGUGUUGCCGGCGGAAUGCGUUGUUUUUGUCCCCGGAAAGUUCCGCAAGGUGAUUUGGCUUGCGGUGAAGGACGUCAUUGUGGUGGCGGAUGGUACUACCGUAGCCUUCAAGCCGUCGCCUGAUCAACUGAAGACGUUUUUUCGUGAGAACCCCGAGUGGAAACGGCGUCUGUCUGCAGCGCAAGAAAUGGUGGAGACGUGCAGGCGCACAGUGGAACAAAUGCCGCAGUAUGUAAAGACGACACACACGACAACCUCCAUGUUGGCUAAAGUCGCGGAGGAGGGCAGCGCAGGCGCUUCUGCCGAUGUUGUGGAAGGUGGGGAGGACGAGGAGACGGGAGACCUGAACCCCAACAGGAACAACAUUCGUCACAAGGCGCAGUUUUUCUACGAUAGUGAGGGGGAGGAGGACGAAGAGGAGGAAGAUGAAGAGGAGGAAGAGGGUUAA